AUGGAACAGCGACCUCCUAACAGGGCCUGGAUGCGGGUGCAGAUAGUCAUCUUGCGCUUUCUGAUGCGCAUCGGCAUGGUCCUCCACGGCUAUCCUCCGCCCCUACCACCACGCCCGUCCUUCGUUCGGACGCUGCCUCGACUGGACGGGCUCGACUCGCAGCGGGUGAAGCUGUACUUCUACACCCCCAAGCGGUACGCUGAGCAGAAGCGAGCCGGCCACCGGUACCCGGUCGUGGUCAACUUCCACGGCGGCGGGUUCUGCAUCGGCACGGCGACGGACGACGCACGCUGGGCUCGCGCGGUGGUCGAAGGCGCCGACAGCGUCGUGGUGAGCGUGGAAUACCGCCUGGCGCCCGAAGCGCCCUUUCCGGCUGCUGUGGACGACGGCGUCAGGGCCCUGCAGUAUCUCGAGGACCAUGCGGCCGAGCUGGCGCUGGAUGUGUCGCGGGUCAGCCUGUCCGGCUUCUCGUCUGGCGGGAAUCUCGCCUUCACCGUUCCCCUGCGCCGCCAUCUGCUCCAGCAAGACUCGCUCCAGCCCUCGCCGGCGCCGUCGACGACGCUGACCCCCUACGAGACGCGAGACGGGAGCUCGAUAAACCUGCAUCUGUCGACGUUGUCGCAGUAUCCCCCGGGCAGCACCAGCAGGCCGUCUGCCGCGAGGUCCCAGUCGGCACAGCAUCUGCUUCGACAGACAAGCACGGCCACCACCGCGAACAACGGCAGUGACAGCAGCAAUGAUAACAGCCAGUCACAGACGCCUCGCUCGUCUCUGCGGAUAAUAUCCAUCAUAUCAUGGUACCCGAUAGUCGACUACGUCCUGCCCAGACACAUACGCCGUGACAGAAGCGUCUUCCCGUCCAAGACGCUGCCGAAGUUCAUGACCACCUUGUUCGACCACAGCUACAUGCCUCAUGAAGCCAGUAGACAUCUGCCAUACGCCUCGCCUUUACUGGCACCUCCUUCACUGCUAGCGGAUGCUCUGCCCAAGGACAUUUUUCUGUACGUCUGCGAGUGGGACAUGCUGCUCCACGAAGGGCACGAGUUUGUGGAAAAGCUCAAGGACUGCGGAGGAGGCAAGGUUGUUCGGUCGAUGAUGAUAGAGUCACAGAAACAUGCAUGGGAUAAAUCUGUCAAUCCCCUUAGAGAUCAGGAGAGUAUAGAUGUUUUUUACCGGACGGCGGCAGAGCAGCUAAGAGUGGCUAACGAACGGGCAUAG